UGCAUAUAUAAAUUUGGUUUAAUAAUAAUCAUCUCAAAAUCUGUGUAUUUUUUUGAUGAUAGAUUCUAAGUUUGCAAAUAUGAAACAUGUGGAGAGUUACAAGAAAUUUAAUUAUUUUAAAAUUUUGAAAAACUAUCCUCCUUCUUUUUCGCAUUCAUCGUCUUCCCCUUUAUCCUCUCCCCAUUGUGUACCUCCGCCUCCCCCGUCGUGUCCUUCGCAACUCCUGGGGUGGCUCCCACUAGGAGAAGCGCGUCGCCAAAUCCGCGCGUCGCUCUACCUCCAGCUUAAGGAUUUUUAAUUUGGGUAAUAUUUCUCUUGUUCCAGUGAAUAUUUCCCUUGUGCCAUGAGUGAUCUUGUUGCGAUUUGAGGGUUUACAGUUGUAUUGGGGGUUUAGGGUGAUCUACCAUCAUGUCUUGCCAGGGUCACGCGCGGGCCUCUAGCGUGAGGGCGGUGAGGUUAAAAAAUUGGGGCAACUCGAGGAAUCUUCCUUCCUCGCACUCAACUUCUGCGACAGUGACUCACGUAGCCGCUUCUCGCGCCUCUUGUGUGAACUUGAUGCCCCUGUCAUCGAAUAUCCGAAGCAGUACGAGGGUUGCCCCCUCUUCCCUCUCUCCCUCCUCCACCACUUCCUCCGCCUCUAUGACACCUGCCUAGCCGACCCCGCUGCCGUGAUCCUGUUUCACUGUGAGCGCGGCGGCUAACCCCUCCUCGCCUUUCUCCUUGCUGCUUUCCUCAUUUUCUGGAAGGUGCAGAGUGGGGAGCGGAAGAUUCUGGAGAUGGUUCACAGGGAGGCACCAAGGGGCUGUUGCAGCUGUGAUGUGAUUAAGAUUAAUAUUCAAUGCUUAGUGCAAGGGGAUGUGGUGUUGGAAUGCGUGCAUUUGGAUUUGGAUUCGGAGAGGGAGGUGAUGAUGUUUCGAGUGAUGUUGAAUACAGCAUUCAUUCAGUCAAACAUUUUGAUGUUGAAUGCUGAGAACUUGGACAUUUUGUGGGAUUCGAAGGAGCGGUAUCCAAAGGGCUUCCGGGCUGAGGUGUAGACCUGUUUUGGUGACUCUGAAUUAUCAAGAUGAUUGAAUUGUCAUUCCGGCGGCAUUCAGAGAAGUACAAGUAUAUUCACCCACCUAGCCAUCGCGUCGAAGAAGAACAAACUUCCCAGACCUCACGCACCAUUAUUAAAAAGAAAAUUUUCAAAUUAAGGA